UUGUGACGUCAAAUCAGACUGGUUGGAGGAGCUGGGAAUCGAGGCGAGCGAGCGGGACGGUUUCUGGGGGAAUCGAGGCGAGGGCGCGGGACGGUUUCUCGGCGACAGUGCCAUGAGGCAUUGCUGAGAGAGAGAGAGAGAGAGAGAGAGAGAGACAAAACAAAACAAAACACUCCACGCUCCACAAGAAGACCUUGGCGGGAACACUUCAUUUGUAUUGUUCUGGCAGAGCCACAGACUUGAAGCCUGAAGGACUCUGGGUUAUUCCUGAGCCACUCCGUCUUAAGCAAAUGCCUUAGGCCAGAGUACAAAAUGUCUCAGCGCAGCAGGAACAGGAGACCACAAAAUGUGGUGGUGAGUGAUGAUUAUAGAAGAAGAAGAACAAGAAGAAGAAUUUACACCAACCCAGUCUCAGGGUGAAUGCCAACUUUCAGAGAAAGAUGUAAAGAAGCUGGCAGGACAAGUGUGUAACAUGCUGCUGGCCACAGAGCUCAAGAAGAUUCCGUUAAAGAGUAGUGAGAUCAAGAAGAGUAUCGUCUCCCUCAAAAGCAGAUCAGCUUAUAAGAUUGUGAUGAAUAAAGCAGAAGAAAUGAUGGAACACCUUUUUGGCUACAAGAUUGUUUCAGUAAAAAACAACAGUUACAUCAUGAUGAACAAUAUGCAGAAAAAUAUCAUCAAGUUUGAGCAGAUACCAAGGAAUGAGAAAGUCAGACGGGGACUCCUAAUUGCCAUACUUGCUGUUAUUUUCAUGAACGAGGAAAAAAUUAAUGCAGCUGGUUUGGAGUCCUUUCUUGAAUCUCUUGACUUUGAUUUGGCCACUUCAUCUAAGACCACAAUUCAAGAAUUUGUACGACAGAGAUAUUUGGACACUGCAGUUCAGGAUUUAGGUGACGCAUCCAUGCUCAUGUACAAGUGGGGGGAUCGUGCCAACGCCGAGUUCCGCAAAAAAGAAGUACUGGAAUGUAUAUGCCAGAUCUAUGGAAACAUGAAGCCAUCCAUGUGGACCUACCAAUGGAAACUUGUAAAUGCAGAGAAGAAUGGGGAAGAAAAUUCAUCAUAAAUCUGUCUACCACCAUCACCAAUUUGAGUGUGUUCCCUGCCAAAGUCAUAAUUUUUACUGUUCUCUUCUACAUUCACCAUCACCACCAGUUUUGUUUCUGUCCCCAGCCAAAGUCAUCAUCCUUUACUGUGCUUCUUUUCAUUCAUCACCACCAUCUAGACUGCUCUGUUCCAUCAUCACCAGUCUUGCUUCUGUUUCAACCCACAUUCAUCACCUUGAUUGCUUGCUACAUGUCAUCACCACCACCUUAACUUUCCGCUUUUAACUCUACCAUCUCCCAACUCCAUCAUCACUAUCAUGGCUCUUCCACUACCAUCAUCACCAACAUUUUGACUGUCUUCCCUCACCUUCGCUGGUGUCUCUCUCAUCUUUACCUUUACUUUUCCUCUCCUUUCUCCCAUCAUUAUCAUGAUGCUACUGUCAUCAUCAUCUUCACUCUUCCUGCACCAUCAUCAUUACUGUUUCUUAUAUUUUCCCCAUCAUUAUCAUGACUUUCUCUAUUGUUAUCACCAUUUUAACUCAUCUCUCACCUAAAAUUGGAACCUCCAUCAUCAUAAUGAGUCUUGAAUCAUCUUUAAAAACUACUUUCAGCUAAUACCAUUAUCACCUUCAGAUAUCAUUUACACAACAGACUUGUCAGGAAAUUCUAGUAAUAGAUAGUUUUUGCAUUUACACUUUACUGUAACAUUCCAAAUUGGACA